UAUAUAGAAGCAUGUAUUAAGUGCUGUUAUCGGAAACAACGCCCAGCUAAACCGAAGUUAUUACGGAUUUUGAUUCUAUCAAGCCAAUUCCGUUUCAUCGUAUUCAUCUGGACCAUAUGUGUCCAUUUAUACAGAGUAAACAGGGAAAUUCCUACGUAUAAGCCAUAUCUGACGCAUUCAGAAAACUUUUAAUUUUUAAAGCCGAUAAACGUCAAAUAGUCAUUCAAAACUAACCAUCGAACAGGUGAAUCUAAAAAACUUGAGCCUAAGUUUCGAGGACCAUACGUUGUUCAAAAAGUUCUAGGUAAUGAUCGCUAUUUGUUGGAAGAUAUCCUAGGGUACCAAAUAACAAACAAGAAAUUUUGUUCCGUCUACGCAUGACACAGAAUGAAGCCUUUUGUGGAAAAACAAUGCCAUCUGUUGACACCUCAAGCGAAGGGCCCGCUCCUCAAGUGCCCAAGACCGAAUUGGAAGAAUUACAAAUAAAAGCAAAUAGUGUUGCAGAUGAGUCACUUGAAAGCACGCGUCGAAUGCUUGCGCUCUGUGAAGAG